GCUGUCAGAUUGGAACGAUAGUGUGCCAGUGAUGAUGACCUCGGUUAUUCCCUUGGUCGUGCGUUAGCUAUUAUCAAAAUCGUCCUACAAAAGCGUCUUAUUCGCUCGAAACGAGGUGGAGUCUGCAAGUCGUGUUACAUUGGUGUCGAACGAAUUAUCAGCUCCAUCGAGCAAAUGUCUGUCUCUGGACAAUGGUGUUCGGAGGACGGAUCGAGCCAGUGCUUCGGCCGAUGGUGGGCGUCUCGGCCCUGGACCCCCUCCGACCAGGAUCGGCUGUGGCGAGAGCGCCGCAACGCCAACCUGCUGGGCGCCGUCCAGCGCAUGGGCGACCGGGCUGCCAUGAUGGCGGCGCACACAGACCACCUGCGAGCUGUCCAGCGACGCCACGAAGGACUCGUCUAUCACCUGCUAUACGCUACCGGCCAAUGGCUGGACAGCUACACAUUCCGGUCAUUGGCUGACGGACAGUCAAAAGUCUCAGCGACCCUGAGCCGCCAGUCGUCACUGCUCUCGCUCACCCAACGGUCCUCGCUCAAGCUGUCCACCUCGGAGGAGAUGCUGUUGGAGCAGGCGCUGGACACGGUGUGGCAGCGUGAGUCGGAGCACCGCCGCCAGCUGACCGGACCAGCGCAGAGGCGACGCUCCGACUCCAGCUGCAUCGCCGGCCAGACCGGUCAGUUCACACCCCCGCUGCCGAGGCCGCCAGUCGUGCCAGCCUUCCCCAUGCAGGACCCCGGCAAGGAGGUGGAGAUCAAGGAGACGGAGGUUAAGGUGGUGGAGCGGCGCGAGAACGAGUGGACGGCCGAGUGGGACUGGGCCGAGCGUGAGCGGCGCCGCAACGCCGAGCGCGCCGCGCGCCGCAGGGGGAACGGCCAGGUCCCGGCCGGCGCUGCCGCGGCGGACCACCAGGCGGCGGCAGACGGAGCAGCCGCCCAGGAGCGACAGGACGCCCCAGAUGGCGGUGAGGACCGACGGGCGACGGCAGACGGGGCAGCCGCCCAGGAGCGACAGGACGCCCCAGAUGGCGGUGAGGACCGACGGGCGACGGCAGACGGGGCAGCCGUCCAGGAGCGACAGGACGCCCCAGAUGGCAGGGAACAGCGACGGGCGGCGGCAGACGGAGCAGCCGUCCAGGAGCGACAGGACGCCCCAGAUAGCGGUGAGGAACGGCAGGUGGCGGCAGAUGGAGCGGCCGCACAGGAGCAGCAGGACCUCCCAGAUGUUGGAGAAGAGCGACAGGCGGCGGCAGACGGAGGAGCUGAUCACGAGGAGCAAGGAUCCUCCAGUGUCGAACAGCAGCAGCAGGAGGCUGAGGAUGGGGUGGCGCCGCAGCGGCAGGCGACUGAGGUCGAGGCUGCUCCGGAUAAGCAGCAGGAGCCCCGGCCCCACCAGCCUCCUCGCAGCGGAGAGUCGGACAGCGAAGCUCACAGCGAGCGUGGGGCCAUGGGCGGAGGAGCUUCGGAGCAGCAGCGGGAAGGGGGCAGGGGUGAUGAGGCUCGUGACGGGGGUAAUGCCGAGCAGCGGCCGCUUCGUCGUCAGAACGAGUCGGCCAACGAAGACCAAGGCGAACGCCAACAUCAGGCCUCCCAACAACGGGAGUCUCACCCCGGCGCGGCGAAGGAGGCUGACGACGGCGCGACCGGGAGUGCCAGCGGAGCGGCAGCACUGCCGGCCCACCCGUAACCAGCCCGGCCCGGCCUACCGCGGCCCGCCGCCCACCGGCUGCUGCGCGGAUCUCGACUAAUAGUCGUCCACUGCGCUGAUCUCAGCCAACAGCCUUCCAUUGCGCUGAUCUCAGCCAGAAGUCGUCCAUUUCGCUGGUCUCAGCCAAUAGCCAUCCACUGCGCUGAUCUCAGUCACUAGCCCUCCACUUUGGCUGAUCUCAGCCAAUAGCUGUCCGCUGCGCUGAUCUCAGCCAAUAGCCAUCCACUGUGCUGAUCUUAGACAAAAGCCAUCCACUGCGCUGAUCUCAGUCACUAGCCGUCCACUUUGCUGAUCUUAGCCAAUGGCCGCCCACAGUGCUGAUCUUAGUCAAUAGCCGUCCAUUGCGCUGAUCUCAACCAAUAGCUGUCCACUGCGCUGAUCUCAGCCAUUAGCUGUCCACUGCGCUGAUGUCAGCCAAUAGCCGUUCACUGCGCUGAUCUCAGACAAUAGCCAUCCACUGCGCUGAUCUCAGUGACUAGCCGUCCACUUUGCUGAUCUUAGCCAAUGGCCGCCCACGGUGCUGAUCUUAGUCAAUAGCCGUCCAUUGCGCCGAUCUCAGCCAAUAGCCGUCCACUGCGCUGAUCUCAGCCAAUAGCUGUGCACUGCGCUGAUCUUAGCCAAUAGCCGCCCACGGUGCCGAUCUUAGUCAAUAGCUGUCCACUGCGUUGUUCCCAGUUAAUAGCCGUCAACUGUGCUGAUCUCAGCCAAUAGCCGUCCACUGCGUUGAUCUCGGCCACUUGCCGUUCAUUGCGCCGAUCUCAGCCAAUAGGCGCCCACGGCGCGGAUCUUAGCCAAUAGCCGUCUACUGCGCUGAUCUCGGUUAUCAACGGAUGGCCGCCAUCCGCAAUGCCUUGCGUGCACCACUGGAUGUGUGCUGCCGGGAUGUCCAAGUGUGGAUGAUCCUCACUGGUACGUUAGCACCAGUUCCCUCUUCUGGCCGCCCGUUCAUUCCUGGCUGUCCACUGCAGCCCAUCCAUGCUCUUUGGUGAUUGUGCUCCAUGUAGCUACUAAUGUUAAGACGGUGCCGUUAGCCUUAAUCCUUGUAGAAUGACUAGGAGAAAGGAGAUAUAGAUGCAUUGAUAUCUCGGCUACAUGGUUCAUGAAAACGGAUGUGAGCAGUUAAUCCAAAAUUUAAAAUUUCCUGCCGAUCCCACUUGAAUUUUGAAGUUUGCAUUCACAUGCGUUUCGAUAAAGGCAUGUGGCUGAAAUAUCGGUUCGUCUUUUCCCCUUUCUCUUGUUUAUUUAGCGAGCAAUAUGACUAACAAUACCGUCCCGACUACAGUGGUAAUACAUAGCGCUUUAUGCAUAAAAUUUCUCGCGAAUGCACUCUGCAACUAACGUAACUAAUAUUGGCAUCAAUGGCCCUUUAUGUUGGUUUGCGGGGUUACAAUUUUUACUCGGCUGUACGUAAUUUGAAAAGUUACAUGCGUACGUCACAAAAGCGGGGUACAUACAUGCGUGUGGCUGAAUAAGGCGGCGUAACAUGCGGCCGUCAUCUUCUUUUUUUCGCUCAUUGUCUUGCACCAAACUUCUCGUAUCGUGAUCAAGCUCUAAAAGAACUCGUCUUAAAUUGGUCAUCAUGCUCCGAAGUUCCGUCUGACAUAUGACGUGAAGGUCGAAGUAAAAUUAUGAUGUCCAAAUAUGACGUGCUGCAUUUUAUUUACGAUGAUAGAUGGAAGUCCACAUUCGCUCAGAUGUAAAUACAUUUGCUGUGCGACAUAUUCGCGAUACAGAGGGUCAAAUCACCGUUUACCUCACGUUCCGCAUUUUUUAAUUUAAAGUUCACGAGAGUUGAUACAUGGUUGAGCCCCUGGAUCGACUGAAUCAUAUCCGACAAAUGGUGCACAUGCUGAAUACGCUUGUAACAGAAGUUGCGUGUAUACGCAUGUAUAAUGAUAACACGUUGUGUAUUGGGUAUAUAUCAAGAAACGAACGUUUGAACGCCUAAGCGGCUGUGAACUUUGAACUACAGUCAUGAAUCAAUUGCAAUAUAUAUGUCAUGACUGUACGAUGUCCCAACUUAACUUUCGCCGUGACGAUGGCGUAUAUAUUUUGUUUUUAAUGUCGGAAAGGAAUGGCCAGGUUUAGAUAAGCUCUUUUCGAGCUUGAUCAUGAGACGAAAAGCUUGAUACGAGACAUUGCGGGAUAUUGAGCGAAGCGAAAAAGAAGUAACGGCCUCGUGUUGCGGUGUUGUGUCCGACAAGAAAUGCUUACUGGAAGGUCUGCUACCUAAGUUUACAUGCGUCCGUAUGUAUGUUCAUCCCCGACAGGGCCUAGGUGUGUUGGUCGAAAACGCCUGGCGAAAAUCUCACAGCAGACAAAGAUUUUCUCCCGCAUAAAGAAAAAAGAUUAAGAAAAGUACUGCAGUGUUUGGU